AUGUCAAGGGAGACAAGCAAGUCUCCUGGCAGUGAAACCAAAGCCUUUGUACCCGACGAUGGCAAUGCUGGAAGUGUCGACGGUCAUCGCCUGUCGUUCUCCACACCAAUGACGGCUUCGAUUCCACCGAUUGAAAUCGAAAUAGAAGAGAACGAACGCGAAAAGGAUAAGAAAUUUAGUCGAAAGUCUGUUGAAGAGCAUAAACCAAAGAGAAAAGAUACUACGACAACAUUUUCAAAUUUCUUGCAUCGUUUCACUCGAUCGGAAGAUAAAAAAGAUGAGAAGCAGAAAAACACCAUCAACGAAGAAGACCAUUUGGAACGGCCAGAUAAGCUUGAAGUUCCUGAAGCAGAGGAGAAAUGGUUUGAGAUGAAGACUAUCGAUGGCGGAUAUCGCACUGCUCUCGAUUCAGGUAAGUUGAUUGCAUAUCAAGCUUAUUCUUUGCAUUUUGUAUCAACAAUAUGUUUCUGAUG